GCUGUAACACGCACCCUGAACGUCUGCAGCUUCACUCCUGAAGUCAGUGAAACCACAAACCCACCAGAAGGAAGAAACUCCGGACACAUCUGAACAUCAGAAGGAACAAACUCUGGACACACCAUCCUUAAGAACUAUAAUACCGUGAGGGUCGGCAGCUUCAUUCUUGAAGUCAGCCAGACCAAGAACCCACCAAUUCCAGACACACUGGGAGGAUAUGGCUGCCUCUGCUGAGUCAUGCAGGUUGUCAGGAUUUAUUUACAUUCAGCUUCUUCCUUAAUGUCAAACGAGUGCUGUUAAAGUUCCUUCAGGAAACUUCAGCAGAGAAAAACAUUUGCUUCACAUCUCAUCAAAUCUUCUGCAUCAAGCCACAUCAUGUUAAACAAGCUGCUCCUGUUCUCCCUUCAGAUAAGUCUCAUAGGAACCACUCUUGGUGGGAAUGUUUUGAUUUGGCCAAUGGAAGGUAGUCAUUGGCUAAAUAUUAAGAUAAUUAUAGAUGAGCUCAUUAAAAAAGAGCAUAAUGUGACUGUCCUAGUUGCCUCGGGUACACUUUUCAUCACACCAACCUCUAACUCAUCUCUGACAUUUGAAAUAUAUAAGGUGCCCUUUGGCAAGGAAAGAAUAGAAGGAGUAAUCAACGACUUCGUUUUGACAUGGCUGGAAAAUAGACCAUCUCCUUCAACCAUUUGGAGAUUCUAUCAGAAGAUGGCCAUAGUAAUCAAGGACUUCCACAUAGUAUCUCAGGAGAUCUGUGAUGGUGUUCUUAAAAACCAACAGCUGAUGGAAAAGCUAAAGAAAAGCAAGUUUGAAGUCCUGGUGUCAGAUCCAUUAUUUCCUUGUGGCGAUAUAGUAGCUUUAAAACUUGGAAUUCCAUUUAUGUACUCCUUGAGGUUUUCUCCAGCCUCAACAGUGGAAAAGCACUGUGGGAAGGUACCAUACCCACCUUCCUAUGUUCCUGCUGUUUUAUCAGAACUCACCGACCAAAUGUCUUUCACUGACAGAAUAAGAAAUUUCAUCUCCUACCACCUACAGGACUACAUGUUUGAAACUCUUUGGAAAUCAUGGGAUUCAUACUAUAGUAAAGCUUUAGAUGGUAGCCAUUGGUUAAAUAUUAAGAUUAUUCUAGAAGAGUUGAUUCAAAGAAAUCACAAUGUGACUGUACUGGCUUCAUCAGCAACUCUAUUCAUCAAUUCCAAUCCUGAUUCUCCUGUGAAUUUUGAAGUGAUACCUGUUUCCUACAAGAAGAGCAAUAUAGAUUCCUUAAUUGAGCAUAUGAUAAUGCUGUGGAUUGACCAGAGACCAACUCCUCUCACAAUAUGGGCUUUCUACAAAGAACUAGGAAACCUUCUAGACACUUUCUUUCAAAUUAAUAUACAAAUCUGUGAUGGUGUACUAAACAACCCCAAGUUAAUGGCCAGACUUCAGAAGGGUGGUUUUGAUGUGUUAGUAGCAGACCCAGUAACAAUCUGUGGUGAUCUCAUUGCUCUGAAAUUAGGAAUUCCAUUUGUGUACACAUUGAGGUUCUCUCCAGCAUCAACAGUGGAGAGACACUGUGGGAAAAUCCCAGCACCGGUCUCCUAUGUACCGGCAGCCUUGUCAGAGCUCACUGACCAGAUGACUUUUGGUGAAAGGAUUAAAAAUAUCAUAUCUUAUUUACUGCAAGACUAUAUAUUUCAGUCCUACUGGGGAGAAUGGAAUUCAUACUAUAGCAAAAUUUUAGGAAGACCCACUACCUUGUGUGAGACUAUGGGGAAAGCUGAAAUUUGGUUAAUCCGAACAUAUUGGGAUUUUGAAUUUCCUCGUCCAUACUUACCUAAUUUUGAGUUUGUUGGAGGAUUACACUGCAAACCUGCCAAACCCUUACCUAAGGAAAUAGAAGAAUUUAUCCAGAGCUCAGGUAAAGAUGGUGUUGUGGUGUUUUCUCUGGGAUCAAUGGUCAAAAACCUUACAGAAGAAAAAGCCAAUCUUAUUGCCUCAGCCCUUGCCCAGAUUCCACAGAAGGUUUUAUGGAGAUACAUAGGAAAGAAACCAGCCACAUUAGGAAACAAUACUCAGCUCUAUGAUUGGAUACCCCAGAAUGAUCUUCUUGGUCAUCCCAAAACCAAAGCUUUUAUCACUCAUGGUGGAACUAAUGGGAUCUAUGAAGCUAUUUACCACGGAGUCCCUAUGGUGGGAGUUCCCAUGUUUGCUGAUCAGCAUGAUAACAUCGCUCACAUGAAGGCCAAAGGAGCAGCUGUGGAAGUGAACCUGAACACAAUGACAAGUGUGGAUUUGCUUAGCGCUUUGAGAACAAUCAUUAACGAACCUUCUUAUAAAGAGAAUGCUAUGAGGUUAUCAAGAAUCCACCAUGAUCAACUUGUAAAGCCCCUGGAUCGAGCAGUCUUCUGGAUCGAGUUUGUCAUGCGCCACAAAGGAGCCAAGCACCUGCGCCCAGCUGCCCACGACCUCAACUGGUUCCAGUACCACUCUUUGGAUGUAAUCGGGUUCUUGCUGGUCUGUGUGACAAUGGCUAUAUUUUUGGUCAUACAAUGUUGUUUGUUUUCCUGUCAAAAAUUUGGUAAGAUAGGAAAGAAGAAAAAAAGAGAAUAGGUCGAUUUUGGCAUGAUUAUCAUUAACUUGUGAGUUGUAGUCUUCUAUUUCUCCUUUGUCUCUCCCUGCUGACUAUACCCUCUUCCUUUCGCUGUUCUGACACUAGGAUACUACCUAAUUUUAAAUAAGUGCUAUUCAUAGUAUCAAAUUAUUUUAUAGUUCACCUUAAUUAAUGAUUAACAUUAUGCUGAAUCCUGGUAAUGCAUACAGUGUAGAUGGAAUUUGAUAGGUGUAAGGAAGAGUCAAAUUCACAAGUUUUCAUAUAUCAAAUAAUUCAGGGAGCCACCAUAGGACAGUAGUGUGUUAUGAGAAAGGUUAUGAUUUCCUUGUUUUAAUAAAAAUAAACUCUUCUGUGUGCUCAAUUUUGCAGGAGUUAGAGAAUGAAUUUUAAGUGUGAUGUGCAUCCCUAUUUAAUGUCUACAAAAUUUUCAUUGAGCAUAUCCAGAAAAUCACGGUGUAACUUGCCUGCCUUUCUUCAACGUAUAUUCUUAUAUAAGCUGUAGUGCAAGAUUUGGGUACUGUCUUUAAUAAAUAAAUCAAUUGACUCUUUGAUUUCAAGGAGAAAGUUCUAUGUUAUAUGUUGAAGGUGAACAGAUCACAGUUAGAGGAUAUAACAAAGAGAAAUCUAGAAAAUGAUUAAUGAUUUUAUAAAAUUUUUAGUUAAGUGUACAAAUAAUUACAUUAAACAUCAAUUAUGUUUAAAAAUCACUAAUGUUCAUAAUAUAUAAUCACUAUUUGUAACCAAAAGUUUAAUUUUAUGCCAAAAAAUAAAAAAUGCUUACUUGGAAUUUGAGGUCAUUGCAUUAUUUUUGUCUUUAUCUUCCACAAAUUUAAAUUUAUCAAUUAAUUGUUAUGCUAUGUAUAUAAAAGACUAAGAGCUUGACCAAGGAUAUGGCAUAAUAAAUUUUUACCAAUGGAAAGCACUAGUUGAAGGCAAAUGCUUUUACUUGAUUCAGCUUUGCAUUAAUUUAAUAAAUAUAUUAAAGAUUU